UUUUUUACUUUCGUUUACUUUGCUAGUAUACCCUUGUAAAAUUUCUACUGAAUUUUUGCGGUUUCGUGCGGUUUGCGCUUCGAUCAAAAUUUCAACAACAGUUUCCUAAGAUCAAAAUCAGAAAUUGAGAUGUCUUCAGAAGAGGCCAGGAGUGUGGUGGGGAGUGAAGUGAUGCCUUUGGAGUAUGGUAGUAUGGAUGAGGAGAGCAGUCCGUCUCCAACGAGUUCGGAGAGGACAGUGGAGGAUAGGAGAGAAGAAGUAGUAGUAGAGGAGGAGGAAGAGGAGGAGGAAGAGGAGAUUCCCUCAAACGUGUUAGAAUCUGGGGGUGGCGUGGAUGGGUGCUAUGACCCAGACUUACAGAUGGUGUCUGAGGUGAGGGGGUAUGUGAGCGAGUUAGGUAGUAGGAGUAGCCUUGGGGGGUUAGUGGGAAACUGUAACCUUCCCCACCAUGUCCUAAUCCGGCCGGCUGGGGUGAAUGAGAGGGCAUGCUCAGCACCUCGAGACCACUGGAUGCCCAUAUACCUGCACUAUUUGAUUGCAGGGCUUAGGUUUCCCAUUCCAGAAUUACUGGUGGGGCUUUUAUUAGAUUAUAGUAUAGGAAUAACCCAAUUAACCCCAAAUGCCAUAAGGGUAGUAAUAGGCUUCCUUGUAUACUGCAGAGUUCGGGGGGUAGGGGUUCCGACGAUGAAUAUGUUCAAACAUUUUUUUGUAAUUAGGGCUGGGGGUAGGGGAGAGAAGGGGUGGUAUCACUUCGGUCCUCGGUCAUCCAGCAGAGGGAAUAGGAUUUUAUUCUCUGCUGGGCCGUCAUCCAUCAAAGGAUGGAAAGAAAAAUUCUUCUUUGUGGAUGACACCGAGUGGAGUAGGAGGGAUGCCGAAGUGGAACAGUUGUCUGCUUGGAAAGCGAAGAAAGCCAAGCAGAACAACUAUAAAUUAAAUGAGGAUGAGGUGGAAGAGGUGGAGAAGCUGGUGAGGGAGGAUGGAGACGUGGUGGACAUCCUAUACCUCACCAGUCCGCAGGCAAUAGAGGCUGCUGAGCUCUAUGGGCCAAGCUCAUUGAGCGAAGCUGAGAUGGAGGAGUUUACAAAUGCUGUUGGGGGCUUGCGCAUCCCUAAAAAGCCAAGGAAGAACAUCUCUGCCCAUGCUGUGGAGGUGCAGCCAAGGCCGGAGACUACCAUGGGUGGCAGUGAAGAGGUGAGUGAGGAGAUGGCACCUCUUCAGAGGAAGAAGAGGAGGGUGGCAGAGCUGGGAACUGAGGUGGUGGAGUUCGUGCCCCAGCCUUCUCCUCCAGAAGUCACUCCUGAACACGGGGAGAGAGGAGAAGUCGAAGUGCGAGGCCUUGAUGGGGGCAGGGAGUGCACCCCCCCGCACGUAUACCAGAAAAGUCUGUUUGAGGCAACAAACAGGACUGGGGCAAAGCACUUCCUCAACGCUACCCUUCCUGAGGUGGAUAGGAUGCGGGCGAAGGACGAGGCGGUUAGCCAUGCAGGGUAUACCGUUGUGAGGCAUGCCCUGGAGCUGGACAAACGCUCUAGCGCAGGAGUAUGCAGAGAGCGUUAGAGAUCGUGCCAGCUUGCAAAGGCAGUGCGACCAGCUUCAGAGGGAGAAGGAUGAGCUG